AUGCAGGCGUCUCGCGUAUUCCGCGGCGAAUUAAGCGGAGCGUUGGCGCGGGAAUAUUUCAUAACACAUCCGGUCCGCGUUGCGAAUAAUGUCACGUGUGUCCUCAUUAGCGCGUCCACUCCGCUGGGAAGGAACGACAACGCGGGCGGCGGCAGAGUAUACGACCGUAUGUUCUUCCGAGUGCGAAACAUGCAUAUUGCAUUACGCACUAGCGUCCCGCUU